UUCACAAUUAUUUAUCCAACUAAUUUUUAUCUUUUAGAACACGUCACACUACCAAAUGCUUUAUGUCCCGCCUCAAAUAAUAACGACUACAGUAACAACAACAUUAACCAAAACAACACCAGCUAUCACCAACUUCAGCGGCAAACUGUCACCAUCUCCAACAGCAGGAACAAAGGAAGGAAAUGUUACACAGACAGCAAAAGUAAAGGAAGUAAAGGACACCGAAGAAAAAACGGGCACUUCUUGGAUUUGGGUAAUUGUGAUUAUUGUUGUGUUGGUUGUGAUUGGCAUUGGAUUUACUAUUUGGUUUUGCAUCUCAAAAAAACAACAAAAGAACCGUAAAAAGCAGGCUGAGGAGUACAUAGGGAAUGUAAAACAAAGGUCAUCUGAAGACAAAUACGUCCUGGAGCUCUUCGACAAGAUGGAUGAAUACGACGCAUUUAUGUAUAAGAAAGUGCUCUUUAAGUUGUAUCUCCCGGAAUUGAAGAAGAAAGGUUUAGCUACAGUUGGUAAAUUCGAGGAUUGGAGAGACAAGAAUGGAUUUAGUAAGAAAGAAGAUGAAAAUCCUAAAAGAUUCAACUGGAGGAUAGAAGAAGAAAUUGAGUGUAGGGAAGAGAAAGGCUGAUAAGAAGUGAUGGGAGGGGGAGAUGUUCUGUGAAGUGUGUGGAUAAGAAUAAAUACUCGAAGUUGAGGAUUAUUUUGGAGAAAUAUAUAG